AUGGGGAGCUGUAAUGGGUUGCUCUGCAUUCAUGAGAAACCAAGUAUUGGGGAACAAAGUAGAUUUCACUUGUGGAACCCAUCCACUAGAAUCUCCAAGAAACUGCCACAAAUUUCUAAUUGCGGCUAUGUUACAGCUGUGGGGUUCGGUUGGGUUGAAUCCAGUGAUGAGUACAAGGUGUUUGUGAGUUUUGGUAAUUUAGAUUAUGAUACGCGGCAGACAAAAUCAGUUUGUAAAGUUUAUAGUUCAAAGACAAAAUCAUGGAAAACAAUCGAGCACUGCGCGUAUUUAUAUUCAUGUGGUGUAGCGGGGAUAUUUGCAGGUGGGAAGCUUUACUGGAAGAACGAACAUGAAAAAGUUAUUACUUUCUUGGACAUAAAGAGUGAGGUGUUUGGAAGGAUUGAGAUUCCCCUCGGUCAAGAGAAAGAAGUCAUUCGAGUUUGGGUUAUGAAGGAAGAAGCUUGGAAGAGAGUGGCGACGUUUGCUAAUCUUGUUGAGCUUCUUCAACCAGCACCAUUGGUGGUGGGUCCAAAGGGCGAGAUUUUGGUAAAUUUUGGAUCCAUCUUGUUGGUUUACGAGAUUUUGGUAAAUUUUGGAUCCAUCUUGUUGGUUUACGAUCGUCAGGAUAAUGUUUUCCGUUGCCCUAUGGUUAAUUUCCUUUACAGUCCACGUGUCUACGUUGAAAGUUUAGUCUCGCCAGAAGAUGUAUGA